AUCAUGGCAUCCUCGAAAAACACCGGUACAGGUUCCAAGACCCGCUCGUCCUUGUCCUCUGGAAUCUCGCUGCAGAAGGCCAAGGGCGAGAAUUUCUACCGCAAUGCGAAGCAGGUCUCCAGGCUAAAGAUGCUCAACAGUGGAAAAGCUGUUCGUGACAAGGACGGAAAGAUUGUACAGGCUGCGGCGUUUCAGAAAGGAGAAGAUGAGACCAAGCCAGGGCGGGUGCAGCCUGACCGAAGGUGGUUCGGUAACACUCGGGUGAUUUCACAAAAGGCUCUUGACCACUUCCGCACAAGCUUGGCAGGCAAGCAACAUGACCCGUAUUCUGUCCUGCUCCGCCGCAAUAAGCUGCCCAUGGCUCUCUUGGACGAUGCCGCUAAUCCGAACCUCCGCAAGCGCUCUCACGUCGUUGAGACUGAACCCUUCCAAGACACCUUCGGUCCCAAAGCGCAGCGCAAGAAGCCACGGCUGGAUGUUGGUACUUUUGAAGAUCUCAGCAAAGCUAGUAGUGCUGCUGUUGAUGAGGCCGAGCAGAAGGCUGCUGUUACUGAUGCGGAUGGAGAGCCUGUCGCAUCGACUUCUGCUGUCGAGUUCCCCACAUAUUCUGACGUUAUCGAGCCUAUCUACGCCAAGGGCACUUCCCGCCGCAUUUACGGCGAGCUGUACAAAGUCAUCGACUCUUCCGACGUUAUCCUGCACGUGCUCGACUCCCGCGAUCCCAUGGGUACGCUCUGCGAGAGUGUACUCGAGUAUAUUCGGAAAGAGAAGGCACACAAGCAGGUCGUUCUCAUCCUCAAUAAGUGCGACCUCGUUCCAAACUGGGUGACCGCACGAUACGUCCAGCACCUCACGCCUCGAUACCCCACUCUUGCUUUCCACGCCUCACCUAACCACUCGUUCGGCAAGGGCUCACUGAUACAGCUUCUACGUCAAUUCUCCCAGCUGCACUCGGACAAGAAGCAGAUCUCUGUCGGUCUCAUUGGAUACCCCAACGUUGGCAAGAGCAGCGUCAUCAAUACCCUUAAAAGCAGCAAGGUUUGCAAUGUUGCUCCCGUACCCGGAGAGACAAAGGUCUGGCAAUAUAUCACGCUCACAAAACGCAUCUACUUGAUCGACUGCCCCGGUAUCGUCCCUACCUCAGCUAAGGACUCUACAACUUCAACGGUCUUAAAGGGUGUUGUCCGUGUUGAAGCCCUCGCCACACCCUCAGAACAUAUCCCCGCUCUCAUGGAGCGUGUAAAACCCAUUUAUCUUUCCCGUACCUACGGCAUCGCUCUGCCAAACCCUGACGAUCCUUCGCAAGGCUGGCCCGCAGAGACUUUCCUCGACAAGAUGGCUCGUAUGAAGGGCCGCCUGCUCAAGGGGGGCGAACCUGACCUUGACUCGGUAGCGAAGAUCAUGCUCAGCGACUGGGUGCGUGGCCGCAUUCCUUUCUUCGUGCCCCCACCCGAGAGGCCUGAGGGGCUGAACAAGGCAGAGGCGAAGGCGGGGAAGAAGGGCGUGGGGGGUAAGGCGAAGGCUCGCAACGAGGAGGAGCAACGCGUCCCGGGUGUGGUGCAGAACUUUGGCUCCAUUAUCCAGAAGAAUACAUUUGUUCUCGAGGACAUCAAGCCUCUGGACGAGGAGGACCAGAAUGCGGCGCCUGGAGUUUUCAAAGUGAGCCCAGAGGAGAGCGUGGGCGGAGAUGAUGAUGUCGAAAAUGAGGGCCGGGAGAAAGAGGAGGAGCUAGCGUGGAAUGAUGUGUUCAAGGGCGAUAUUUCAUCAGAGGAUGUCCCAACUGUGUUUAGUAAAUUGGACGAUGGAUCUGCGAGAGUGGCCGAAGACGACAAGCCAGUGGCGUCCCAGAAAGAGCCUCGCGUGAAGACCAGUAAAAAGAAGCCGACAAAUUUCUACUCGACUGUCAACGUUAAGAACAAGAAUCGCGAGAAGGCGGCACACAUGAAGGCGUUGCAGAAGGGUGCAGGCAGCCGCAAGAAG